AUCCAUGUACCUGUAAGAAAGUGGAAUCAGUUCCUUUACUUUUCAGAAAGGAUUGGAGAAGCAGAAAGGUAAGGAAAAUGAAAAUGGUUCAAGAGGAAAUCCGAAAGGGUCCAUGGACGGAAAAGGAAGACUUCCAACUAGUCUGCUUCGUGGGCUUGUUUGGAGAUCGCCGAUGGGAUUUCAUAGCAAAAGUUUCAGGUCUGAACAGAACAGGGAAAAGUUGCAGGUUACGAUGGGUUAAUUACCUGCACCCCGGUCUCAAACGUGGGAAGAUGACACCCCAUGAAGAGCGGCUUGUGCUUGAACUUCACUCUCAAUGGGGAAAUAGAUGGUCAAGAAUUGCUCGGAAAUUACCAGGGCGAACGGAUAACGAGAUAAAGAAUUACUGGAGAACACACAUGAGAAAAAAGGCUCAAGAGAGAAAACGGGCUAUCUCUCCAUCAUCACCAUCUUCAAAUUGUUCUUCAUCAGCACCACAUAAUCCUAAGGUGGAUUUGCUGCCCUUCUCCGAGACUGAAGAGAGAAGCUUUCAUGAUACAGGAGGACCCAAGGCACUAGCUCCCACAGGGAAGAAGACUGAAGAAGAGAAGGAAGCUGACAAGGGGUAUUCCAUGGAUGACAUAUGGAAGGAUAUUGCUUUUUCAGAAGAGAACACUAUAAAACCAGUCUAUGAUGGCUAUAAGGAAGAAGGAUGUGACUUUGCUUGUCCUCCAAAUCCAUUGGCCUCUCCAGUGUGGGACUAUUGUCCAGACUCACUGUGGAGGAUGGAUGAAGAAGAAAGUAAGAUGUUUCUCCCAAUGAGUGAUCAGUUUAUUUCAUCUUAUGAACACGGAAUGGCGUCUUUAACUGGCUAGCUGAUAGGUCUUUCAUUUAUUAAAAAUUUGUUAAUAUGUAAUAUUUCCCUAUGUAAGCUCUUAUUGACCUGUACAGUAAGGGAUUUCGGUACUUAAAACGUCAGUUUUCUGUUACAGUUCUCCAGCUUUCAGAAAUUAAUGUAACUAUAUUAUGCAUAGCAGUAGUUUGUAUCAGUGUAAGUGUGUUUUCAGGUUUAGAGAGGAAGAGAAAACCUCCUAAAAACUCCCAUUAGUAGUAUGCUAUGUUCAUGUUUGUAUUCUAUCAAACAUGCUUAAGUUC